GCGCGCCCGACGAUGGCUGCGUCCCGCGACGAAAGCGAAGCGCGCGUGUUUCCGAUAUUUUUGUCAAACCAUCGCCAUAUUGUUUUUAUUGUCUCCAAUAAUCAUAAUUAGAAUUUACAAACAACCAUUUGUUAUAUAAACACGAUAUAACAAUUAAAAGUACGCGCACCGAUUACGUAGUCAUGGCGUAGUUUUUUUUAAGACUGCGAUUGUGACACUAUGCCACGGAUUUCAGUAUUGUUAUUUGUUAUUUGAAAUUAUCUGAAAUCGAUCCAGCGUGUAGUGAACAGGUUUUUGUGUUGUGAUGUGCUAAAAAUAAUUGGAAGACAGUGUUUAAAUUUAGUGCAUAUUUUAAGCUAAUGUGUAAAUUUAAAGCUACUUAUUGUGUUGUGACUAAUUAACGAAUACUUUCUCCGUUUUGUGAUGUGUUAGUGCAUACGUGUCUUUGUCUGGAUUACAAACAUGGAUAAGCCCUCGUUUAAGUUGGUGGGGGCUCCAUGCGGCCAGCACGGGCAGUACACGUUCUACAAAGCGCUCCGCAUCACAGGCGAGAAGGAGCGUAUCAUCGCCAUAGGAGACUUUUUCUUCGUCAGGAUAUGGCAGGACUCUGAGCUCGUCUCUAUAGGAGAGCUACAGCUGCUCUGGACAGACCGCGUCUCCGACCAAACCCUGGUCAGUCUACGGCUGUACUUCCUCCCGGAGAACACUCCUGAUGGACGCCAUCAGCAUGGGCAGGACGAGGUGCUAGCCAUAAACGACAAGGUGGUGCUGAAGGCGGAGGACCUGCUGUCGUGGGUGUGCGUGGGGGAGGAAUGGCGCUGGGGGCUGCGGGCCGUGUGGCGCGGGGACUGCGCGCCGCCCGCGCAGCCGCGCCGCUCGCAGCCCCUCCACCACACCCGGCUCGACUUCAGCGAUGUCGAGAAGGAGAAGAACGCCAUCAACGAAGAUGCGGACAGCCCGGGCGUGGUUGUGUUCUCCUACCCUCGCUACUGCCGGUACCGGGCGCUCCUGUCCCGGCUAGAAGGCAUCCAGGGGGACUGGCUACGGGACAGUCUGGUCUGUGCGUUGGGAGGCUACGCUGCUCCUACUAAAAACACUAGGAUAUUGUACUGCAAGGACACAUUCGAAUACCCGGAGCUAGAAGGCCACGAGUUCGUCUGCAACCAACUGGCGCCGAAACUGAAGGGGCGGCCCCGCGGCCGGCGCAGGAAACGGGCCUCCAACCAUUCCCCGUCUCUCUCUGACAGAUCUAGUGACAGCGACACACAGAAACGGGUGGAGCAGCCUGCUGAGCCACCCCGUCGUCUGUCGCUCCGCAACGGCGCGCCCAAAUACAGCGACGACGAAGACAAGGAGGCCACGGCUGAAGACAAGACCUUCAUCGACAACCUGAAACAUUUCUACAAGGAGAGAGGAGAGACGUUCAAACCUGCACACUCGUUGAAAGAACUAUCGCUGCGGGCACUGUACAAUUCAGUGACGAACGCGGGCGGCUACGAGUCUGCCUGCAGACACAAGCUAUGGCGACAGAUCCACCCCCCUCAGCCCAACACCGCGAGACGGCACUACGAGAGAUUCCUACUACCCCUAGAAAAGCACGAAGUAACCACCGGUCUCCGAACCCUGCCCAAGCUGAACGGCGCCAUCGACCAACCCACCGUCACCAUAGAACUAGCCGACAGUAGAGAACCCAGCCCUGUGCCGAAAGAAGAAGCGAAAGACUUUAGCGUCACUUCCAAACCUGCUGAGGAACUUAACAGAGAGUUUUUGGACUCUUUACCACCAAAAGAAGAAAAUAAGCUGAAAAUAAGCGUGAAGCCGGUGGAGAAGCUUCUAGAAGAGCCGAAGAAGGAGAAGCAAGAGCCGCAGGACGCGUUCUACUCCGAACUGAAGGCCAAACUAAACCUAGGCAAUGCGGACACGAAGUUCCUGACGGACAUCGCGGCGGCGCAACAGGAGUUGGUCUCAAGCAGCGCCCUCAGUUCGCUCUCGAGUCUCGUCAACGGACACACAUUGCCCAAGGAACAGAGUCGGCCGCCGGGCGCGACUCCGCCUGCGAGCGCGGGCGCGGGCGCGGGCGCGGCGCCCCGCAGCUCGCUGCGCGCCGUGCGCGUCAAGCCGGCGCGCGCGCACCACAACGCGCCCGCCAGCACGCCCCCCGGCUCCCUGCGGGCGGACUCGGCGUCCUCGUCCCCGCCCGCGCCGGCCCCCGCCCCCGCCCCCUCCGCCGCGCCCGUCACCAACUUCGGCAUCCACCACCCGCCGCCGCCGCCCGCGCAUGAUGAUGACGAGAUCGUUGAGGUCCCAUACAAACCCAAAACGCCAGAGAUCAUAGACUUGGACGAGUACCCGGAGAGCCCUCAGGCCGUCAAGAAGAAGAAGCUCGACAUCCUCAAGGAGCGCGGCCUCGAGGUCACCGCCGUCCCCUCCACUCCCACGUGGCCUCCCCCCACCCCACUAGCCCCUAUAGCUCCUCUUGCCCCGUUAGUCCUCUCCCCAGCUGUCCAGCAUCAGAUCAUGACGCAGGCACAGAUCUUCCAGAUGUACAACAUCAUACCUCCCGCCUACCCCAACGGCGCCCCCCCUAAAGUCAUCCAAGCCACCAGCGCUUUCGGCUCAUCAGGCCCCGAGAAGACCGUCUACGGAAACCCUAAAGACCCCUUCAUGCCUCCACCACACGUCUUACUAGGAACUCCAUUAAAACCUCAGAGGAACAGCACGGUUCAAGUACCUUCCACCCCUCCCCAGGACAUCCUAGAUUUGACCUGCAAAACGACGGGUAACCCUGGACAAAAGCCAGCCGUCGAAAUCGUCAGGAUCCCAAGCGUUCCUUCCCCCUCUAAAGUUUCGAGUACGGCGCAGAAUUUAACUAAAAACUACACUUUAAUAGACGGAAAGGCCGUCGUCGGCUCCAAUUUAGAAAUCACCCUCGUCAACCCUAAAUCUCAAACCCCAACUAAACCUAGACAGCAAAAACGAUCCUCUAACGGAAAAUUCGUGCCAGCGAAAACACCCACACCCCCUAAGGAAUACCCAAAAUCCUACACCAGUCCUUCGCAGUCGAAGAAACCCCCAAUAAUAGUCCCGAAUUACCAAAUCAACCAACGGGACGAUGUUUCCCCGACCUCCUCCACAGGCUCAGGCAACUCCCAAACGAAUUUACUCCAAAACAACCUACUCCAAAACGUUUUCAAAAACCAAAAUAGCCUACAACAGAUGAUGGAUAUGCAAAAAAAUGUACCCACCAUGCCGUACGUAGACCCGAUGUAUAUGAGCGCGCUAUACAGUAGCCUCGCUGGUUCUAUGGAUCAAAGACAACUAGCUAUGUACAGAGAUUUCAUGGCGAACCAGUUUAGAGGCUAUUCCGGACUUUUAGGGUAACGCCGACAACGAAAAAUUAAAACUAGUCUCUGUGUGAUAAUAAACCGCGUUUUAGUAAAAAUAUCAGCAUUUUUAUAGACCUGUUUUUGAUUCUAUUAUUAUGUGUAUGAAUGUCGAUGGCCAAACAAAUUGUAUAUUAUAUAGGUAUUAAGGUAGAUAAAUGGGACGGGGGCAAAAACAGGAUGGAUAUUAGUAAAAACAGGA